CGAUAACAACCAAGGGCGUAGCCCGAGGCUAAUACUAGUACACUUUUCCCAUGUAACAUAUAGGGUCGGUAUGAAGAUAUCAAGUGUAAAAUGUUUGAAAUACACACAAUGUAUAUCCCCAGAACAAAUACAUUUUUAACAAAACUGCAUAUUUAUUAAUAUUUGGUUUUUAGCACUCAAGAAAAUUGUAUUAUGAAAUAAAAUGAAUAUAAAAGGGACUUGUCAACUUUAAAAUGCAUUUCACAGCCAGCUCUGACACGUCAGGCUAUUUAUAACACGUUACCAGAUUAACAAAGGGUGACGGACUUAAUAUCGAUCUCUUAACGCAAACAAUACUUUGUUAAGUCUCGGGUAUAUUGGAAAUUAGAAAUAGUCAAUAUAAGACCAAUGUAAUGUACAUACGUAUAUAUUGAUCAGAUUAUAUUGGUUUUCAAUAGUGUGUUGGUGUACAUUCACUUUAAGUUAAAUCACUUCCAAGAUUUAGGAAUAUGUUUGAUAUUUUAUAAAAGACAUACAUUCACAGGAGACAAGAUGCCGUACGAAAGCAAAGGCUUCAAAGAUGACAUGAGAAGGUUAAAGCGGGCUGUCAUCGCCAUAGUUUCUGACGUGUGGUUUCUAAAUAGAGUCUCACAAUGUUGCUUCGUGGUUGGUCUCAGUGGCAUAGGUGGUGUUGGAGUUAUAUUUGCUAUACCGUACCUUUAUACGGAUUAUAGUGAAAAUGUGGUAUUCUAUGUACGAGCUUUUGGCUGUUUCCUGGCAUUACAAAUGAUCGUCAACUGGCUGUGCAUCAAAUUCGUGGGGACCAGUUACAACCCGUUCCGUGACGGCGUAAUUCCGGAUGGAAUUUCAAUGGGUGAGAAUAUCAGCCGUGUCAGAUACGCAGACGAGAAUCAAAACAAUGGUCUGACCAACAGUCGUGGAAGAAAGGACGCUACGACGGUUAAUUUAGGCACAGGAAGUACCGGAAGUCUUAUGUAUGUUGCUUCCGAGUUGCCGAAAUCCGCAGAGGAAGGACCUAAAAGAACUGCUUAUCCAUAUUUUUCAUGGACGCCGUGUCUGCGUUGUAACAGACCUCGUCCACCUAGAUGCCACCACUGUCCAAUGUGUAACACAUGUGUUCUGAAGCGUGACCAUCAUUGCUUUAUUGCAGGAGCGUGCGUAGGGUACAGAAAUCUGCGACAUUUCACAGUUUUUCUAUUCUGGGCGUCCGUGGCAACAACAUUUGCUACCCUGCACGCGCUACCCUACUAUUAUUACGAUGUGUUACCGUACACGAGUUACUUUGACUUCAUAUUUCCAAUAGCAAUAACACGUGCAAUGUUUGGAUAUAUAGACGUAAAAUUUGCCCUGUUUAUAGUGCUAGGAUGGAUUCUUUUAGGAUUUCUAUUUUGGUCAAUUUCUUUUCUUCAGGUUGUAGUGAACUUAAUAAAAGCGGGUAAAACAACAUUCGAAAAAGAAUAUAAAAUGGAAUUGACUGACACACGAGGAUUUCUGGGUAAAAUAAGAGCUGUAUACGGAAAUUACUGGAUAUUAAACUUCAUAGUGCCGCUACAUAAUGUGUUUGAACCAAUAGACGACCCAGUAAGGUGGCCGUACAUAAAAGCAUAAAACUGCAUUUAUGAAGUUUAUUAUGUUCGUUCAUAUAAAAAAGGAAUAUUUCAUUAAUGCAUUUUUUUUUCAUUUAACUGAACAUAAGACAAUAUCAGUUGACAUAAUUAUAUGUGAUUAUAUUAGAGAUUUUUUUACAUAUCAACUUCGAAACCUCAUUACUGUACCGGCGUGUAGUAAAAUGUUUCACAUGUACGUUAGCCGUAUAGGUACGCCCCUGAAUUGUAACUUUAGUUAAAACUUAAAGACACGCUUCAGGCUCAAGUUAUUUCAAAUGUGUUUCACAGACAACAAUGCGCUACAUACAUGUGUGUUCACAGGGAAGGCAAAUAGUGGACUUCAAAUUUAUUGUGAUUGAGUCAUCUUAACCGCAAGUUAUGGCAAGUUACACAUGUAGACUAUUUUACUGCUCACAAUACCAGUAUAAACUUUCAAUGACAAUCAAACUACAUUUUUAAUGCA